GGCUACGAGUUUCCACGGUGGUGCCAUCUGCGGCUAAGCCACGUCAUAUUUUGAGUCUCAAACUCUUCAGUUUAUUUUACCAAAAUGAAUAUAUUUCGACUGGUGGGAGAUUUAUCGCAUCUAUUAGCAAUAAUAAUCUUACUGCUGAAAAUAUGGAAGACUCGUUCUUGUGCAGGGAUCUCUGGAAAAUCCCAAAUACUCUUCGCGUUGGUGUACACAACGCGAUACCUGGAUCUCCUGACGUCUUAUAUAUCAGCAUACAACACUGCCAUGAAGAUAUUUUUCAUCGCUGCUUCCUACGCAACAGUGUACUUGAUGUAUGUCAAAUUCAAGGCAACAUAUGACCACAAUCACGACACUUUUCGAAUUGAAUUUCUGCUAAUUCCGGCUGUAGCACUGGCACUCCUGAUCAACCAUGAAUUUACAGUGUUGGAGGUACUGUGGACUUUUAGCAUCUACCUUGAAUCAGUGGCAAUCCUACCUCAACUGUUUCUGGUCUCAAAGACUGGUGAGGCAGAAAGCAUAACAUCACAUUACCUGUUUGCUCUGGGAGCUUACAGAGCACUUUACCUACUGAACUGGAUAUACCGUUACUACACCGAAGAACAUUACGAUCUCAUUGCCAUUGUAGCUGGUAUUGUCCAGACAGUACUAUAUUGUGACUUUUUCUACCUGUAUAUUACCAAAGUUUUAAAGGGAAAGAAACUACAACUUCCAGCUUAAGGUGCAAAGAACGUAAAGACCUCUGUUUAAAUUGAGGUUGAGCUUGUUUUAUGCCAAAUGUUAGUCAUCUGUGUGGGAUUAGCUGAAAAGAGAUGACGACUUAUGAAGAAUAUGAUUGUGAAACACUAGUGUUAAGUGCACAGAAACAUUUCAUUAGUGUCAUGCUGUUUGCAUGAAACUGAAACUGUAAACUUAAAUUCACUUACAUAUAUGCACAUCGUUGGACUCAAGGAUGAAGUUUCAUUAACAUGUAGUUUUGUAACAGAUGUUUGAUAAUUUAAUAUACUUUCAUUUUAGUAGUCUUAUUAUUCUCAAGACUGCAUGUGAAUAUGUGUGAACUUCAUGUUACGAUUGUGUAUGAAUAUAAAGCAGUUUCAGAAAAAAUACUUCAUGAAAUUAUUUGUAUCUAAGAAGUUACCAUAUGGAAUUCUAUUUCUGUUUGUUAGAAAUAUUACAGUAUAGGAGCCAGUGUGUACAAACAUGUUUUGCUAAACUCAGUGGGGUGAAAACAUUCCUGGUAAAGGUAUCUUAAAUGUGAAGUAAUUCAGAAUAAUUGUCACAUUGGCUGCUAUUUUUUAAUUUAUUUUCUUGUUUACAAAGAAGCUAAUUAAAGAAGCACAUUGCAGACAUA